CCCUGGUCUCCCAGGGUUGGGGGGCAUCAUUCUAGAGGGACCCUGUGCCCCACAGCAGCGCCCUCGGCUGGGGACCACACAGCUUUAUGACUAGAUAGGUGUGGCCCUGGUUUCCAGGACAGGUGGCCAGACUGCUCUGUGACAAAGGGCCACGCCUGCCCCUGGGAGGGGUAUUGGGCUGCUGCCCGCAGAUGUUGCAGUAGGAACUGAAGAAGAUGGCGUGCCUGGGCUUCCUCCUCCCCGUGGGCUUCCUCCUCCUCAUCAGCACCGUGGCCGGGGGAAAGUACGGCGUGGCCCACGUGGUGUCGGAGAAUUGGAGCAAGGACUACUGUAUCCUGCUCAGCUCCGACUACAUCACCCUCCCCCGGGAUCUGCACCACGCCCCACUCCUGCCCCUGUAUGACGGCACCAAGGCACCCUGGUGCCCGGGUGAGGAUUCCCCCCACCAGGCCCAGCUCCGCUCCCCCAGCCAGCGGCCCCUCCGCCAGACCACUGCCAUGGUCAUGAGGGGUAACUGCAGCUUCCACACGAAAGGCUGGCUGGCUCAGGGCCAAGGUGCCCACGGGCUGCUCAUCGUGAGCCGGGUCAGUGACCAACAGUGCUCAGACACCACCCUGGCACCCCAGGAUCCCCGCCAGCCCCUGGCAGACCUCACCAUCCCUGUGGCUAUGCUCCACUAUGCUGACAUGCUGGACAUCCUCAGCCACACUCGUGGGGAGGCCGUCGUCCGCGUGGCCAUGUAUGCACCCCCAGAGCCCAUCAUCGACUACAACAUGCUGGUCAUCUUCAUCCUGGCUGUGGGCACAGUGGCUGCAGGUGGCUACUGGGCCGGCCUGACCGAAGCCAACCGGCUACAGCGGCGCCGUGCCCGAAGAGGAGGGGGGCCUGGUGGUCACCAUCAGCUGCAGGAAGCAGCAGCAGCUGAGGGAGCCCAGAAGGAAGAUAAUGAGGACAUCCCAGUGGACUUCACGCCGGCCAUGACAGGCGUGGUGGUCACCCUGUCCUGCUCGCUCAUGCUGCUGCUCUACUUCUUCUAUGACCACUUUGUCUAUGUCACCAUUGGGAUCUUUGGCCUGGGUGCUGGCAUUGGCCUCUACAGCUGCCUGUCACCCCUGGUGUGCCGCCUGUCCCUGCGGCAAUACCAGAGGCCUCCGCACAGCCUCUGGGCCUCUCUGCCGCUGCCUCUGCUGUUGCUCGCGAGCCUGUGCACAACCGUGAUCAUCUUCUGGGUGGCCUACCGCAAUGAGGACCGCUGGGCGUGGCUCCUGCAGGACACACUGGGCAUUUCCUACUGCCUGUUCGUCCUGCACCGUGUGCGGCUGCCCACUCUCAAGAACUGCUCCUCCUUCCUGCUGGCCCUGCUGGCCUUUGAUGUCUUCUUUGUCUUCGUCACCCCCUUCUUCACCAAAACUGGUGAGAGCAUCAUGGCGCAGGUUGCCUUGGGCCCUGCAGAUUCUUCAAGCCAUGAGAGGCUGCCCAUGGUACUCAAAGUGCCCCGGCUAAGAGUCUCCGCCUUGACCCUGUGCAGCCAGCCCUUCUCCAUCCUUGGCUUCGGUGACAUCGUGGUCCCCGGCUUCCUGGUUGCUUACUGUUGCCGCUUUGAUGUGCAAGUCUGCUCCCGUCAGGUCUACUUCGUGGCCUGCACCGUGGCCUAUGCUGUGGGCCUGCUGGUCACAUUCAUGGCCAUGGUCCUCAUGCAGAUGGGCCAACCUGCCUUGCUCUACCUAGUGUCCAGCACCCUGCUCACCAGCCUGGCUGUGGCUGCCUGCCGCCAAGAGCUCAGCCUCUUCUGGACUGGCCAGGGCAGAGCUAAGAUGUGUGGGCUCGGCUGUGCCCCUUCGGCUGGCUCUAGGCAGAAGCAGGAGGGCGCAGCAGACGCCCACACAGCCAGCACACUUGAGAGAGGCACCAGCCGAGGAGCAGGGGACUUAGACAGCAACCCUGGAGAAGACACCACUGAGAUUGUCACCAUAUCUGAGAAUGAAGCCACCAAUCCAGAGGACCGCAGUGAUAGCUGCGAGGGCUGGAGUGACGCCCACUUGGAUCCUAAUGAGCUGCCCUUCAUCCCCCCUGGGGCCUCGGAGGAGCUGAUGCCACUGAUGCCAAUGGCCAUGCUGAUCCCACUCAUGCCCCUGAUGCCCCCGCCCUCAGAGCUGGGCCACGUCCAUGCCCAGGCCCAGGCCCACGAGACUGGCCUGCCCUGGGUGGGACUCCACAAGAGGAAGGGUUUGAAAGUAAGAAAGAGCAUGUCGACCCAGGCUCCCUUGUGAACUGGAGGCCCUGGGACACACGCCUUUCAAAGGGCUGGUGGAACAUUGCAGAGCAAAGCCAUGUAUGGCAACAAGAAAUCAGGGCAUCAAAGAGAUUUCAUAUCUAC